UGGCGGCUGCGCGUUGAUCAGCUGUGCUUCCGUGCGUGUGUGCCAUUUUCGUGAUCCGUCGUGGCGUUGUCAAAGUCGCAGUGCUUGCCAGCGCUGCAUUUCGAAACGAUGACUGUGCUCGAAGAGUGAUACACUAAAAGCGAUGGUAGACGAGAGUGCAGCGGAGUCGUCUCGGCUGGCCAGGUGCGCCGACGAUUACGGUUACAGCGAAGAGACGCUCGGCUCCGCCGACAAUUUGUUGACAGAGUUCACGAGUCACGUGUACCUCGGCCAGUGGGAAUGUGCUCGAGCCUGUGCGCUCACCGCUCUGCGUGCACCGUUCACCUCCCGCGAGCAAAAGUGGUUCGUCAAGGAGUACAUUCGCGGAGUGUCGGCGCUGCCCGCAACCUUCAGUACAUGUGCCAAUCCACUCCUGCUAUCACCAAACCACCUCAGCUGGCUUGCCGCGAAAUUUUUAGAGGAUUAUUGUGACGAGCAAAAACCAUCAAAUUUGGCUCACGAUGCGGAGUUGCGGGUCCUUCUCUGCACUAUUGGUGGAGAACUUCCGGAUGCCUGUAGACAGGAGCUGUACGAAGUCUACUGUGCGGCAGCACGGUCUGAGUGUGAAAGCAUUAGUCUUCUUUCGCCGAGUUGCCUCUCAUCGCUCAAAGAGCUGUUCCUCGCGACCCCGCGAGGGCCUAGUCUUCUGGUGGAACACAUUUCUCAGCGUGUUGGAGGAGCGAGCGGCGUCACGCAGCAACUGUGGCAAGUGCACCUGGACGCCCUGCGCAGCUGUCUGGAACGAGUGAAGGAGGCUCUCUCGGCAUACGAGGAAAUUCACGACCGGCAGAGGUCGCUGUUGCUGAAGCUACUAGUGAGCCUGCCUGAUCCAUUGGCAGCGCACUGUCUUGGCAACCCUGAGUGGGCCAACGGCUUAUUGGAUACCAUCAUCAGUGAUCUGCUCGAUCUUAUCGAUGGAGGCCUUCUUCGAGAACUUUUUGUGUUUGAGUCAGUUGUGUGCCGGAAGUCCCCACUGCUGUCGAAAUUUUUAGCUCAACGUGAGAAUGAAAGGCAUGGACGUCUUGCUGCUACCAGAAGUCCACUGUCGCUGGCCGUGUCAGAGGAGUCUGGCCAGUUGGAUCUAAAAGAGGCAUUCCUCAAGUCCUUUGUCAGGGAAGAGCAUUUCCUGGAAACCAAAUUGAACGCUGCUGUCAAAAAGUUGCACAGGGGAGAAUCGGAAGCAGCACUUCGUCUCUUUGCGCAUCCUGUUCUGCAAGACUUCUACAUUAUUGCCUUAUUUCGUGCCUGGAAUGAAGUUGUGUCAGACAACGACGCAAGCUGUGUAUUGAAAGCAUUGGACAACACCAAGACCAUAACAUGGAGCAGUCAAGAAACGCACAGUUUUCUUACGGAGAUGCGGUAUCGCCUGUUCGUGACGGAAUGGAUCAUCUCGCUACAGAGGAAAAGGAAAACUUCAUUGACGUCUAUGGCCGAUGUCAAGGCCAGGAACCGUACCAUCUUUGGAAUGCUUCAGCACCAGUCCGUGCUGCGUGUGCUUCAUAAGACCCUAGGCCUUGGAGAGUUAGAUCGCAGUAACACUUUUCACCUCCUCAGUGGGCAAUGCCUUGUUGCCGGUGAGAGCACGGAUGUCACAUACCAUUCCAGCCCUGCUCGGAGCAGAGACUGCGCCCUUUACCGAGGAUACCUGGCCAUGCAGCAUGCAAUGAACGCCAUGCAUUCGGCCAUUGUGCUACACCACUUGGGAUGCAGCGUUGCAAAGCUUCGGGAACAAGAGCAGCUUCAAGAGGAGCUUCCAGAUGACGUGGUCUUGAGACAGUGCGAUUCUCUUGCUGACGCUGUUGCCAUGUAUGGAUUUGGGCCAGUGCACAAACAUGUAGUUCUCGAUGAACUGGAGCAUUUUGAGGAAGAGGUUGGACAGCUCCACCCAUUGACAUUUCGCUUGGAAGUUCUGGAAAAUGUCUUCUCGCUUCUCUUUGUGACCCACGUCAAUCUGCGAAGAGACGCGAGCGACGACGAGGAUGCCACUGACGCUGAAGAUGAUGCCAGAAGCGAUGAGCAUCAUUCCAGUCAGUCACCGUUGGAGGUGUCGGUCACCCCGGAAGCACACGACACGGAAUCGGAUGGUGACGCUAAAAACAACGCCGAGAAUCAAGCAGCUAGUGUCUAUGUAUCGGCAUCGAGCAGUGUUGUGAAGGAGACGAGCGACUCCCUUUCGGGCAAAGGCAGCACGGCUAGCAGCAAUGCGGCCAAUCGGGUGGCUACGGGCUUUGUGGGUUUCUUGUGCCCUCCUUUCCUGGUGCCCAGCAUGCUGGCCUCUCUGUCCACUGCUGUCCUCGCAACGCAGGCCGAGCUGUUCAACCGGUCAGCUCAGAGGAAAGCCAUGGCUUCUGGUGGUGGAGACUCGCUGCCUCAGGAGCCACCCGUAUCAUCCUCGGUCAGCUGGGAGGAGCUUCCAUCUCGGUUGGACCAGCUGCGCAAGCACGUGGUCGAAGCCCAAUGGCGAUAUGAACUGGUCACUUCUUCUGAGCCAGUACCAGAAGUGGACCCACCUGUGUCGCACGUUAGUCCCCUUGACAUCAUCAAGGAAAGCCCAGAAGGUAGUCUAGUGCAGCGUAAAGCUGGACGAAAGCCAAAAAAACGACGGCGCCGAUCUUCGCUCGUGUUGCAGCGUGGUGACUGCACUAUUAUUGAAAAGAUGCUGGCCAGCUUUGAAGCAUUGCUGAAACACUGUCUCUGGCAUGGAAGCUACGAGAAGGCGGCACAAGUGGUCCAGGUUCUUAAUCUCGAUGGAACUCACGAUGCUCAGGAACUGCAGUUCAGCCGUCACUUGGAGGAGGUCACGGGGAACCUCACCAAUAUUUCCACUCCGGCGAACCGCACCACGUACUGCACUUCAUCCGCCUCCACUUCCAUCAUUGGUCAGGCUGCACGGGAAGGCCUGCACCUCACGAUGGCCACGGCUCUGGUCGAUCGGCUUCUCUGUGCCGACGGAGUGCCCACCAUACCUGAAGCAGAGCUCCUAAUUCGUAACAGGUCCAGCUCAUUCAGCACUAGCUCCGAGGGAUUGACCAUUGAAAAUGGCCAUUUAAACAUCGCGAGCGGAAACACGGCUGCACGUAACUUCGUGGAGGAAUAUGGCAGCGGUGGACCUCAUGUUGCUGCCGUGGCAGAUCUGGCGCUCACUGCCGAUGUUCCACGGGAUGUCGCGGAGCGCUUGCUGGCACUUGCAGUCAGCAAGCGUGAGACCGAAGUGUCAGGAAACUUGCACGGUCGAGUCCCUCGACUGACGACUACGUUGGAAGCACUGCGACGGUUUCUCCAGGAGGCCAAUGAAGAUGAUGGCAUCGUCGGUGCUGUCGGGUGCUGCUCAAAAAAUGAAGAGACAUCGCUCAAGACGUUGCUUGUCGGAUUUGUGGAUGAGUUUGAUGCAGAGAAACUGCACAGGCAGCGAGCAGCAUGGCGUCAGAUAGAAUCCCUCUACAGCAAGAUCUUCACAUGCCUGGCUUGCUGUCAGUCGAAUUCCUCUUCCUCUGGCGAUGAGGAGUCUCGGGUGGAGCUCCAUCGCUCCUUCCUCCAACUGAGCAAGGCCACAGUUUCGGAGCAGAGAGCCGACCUGACGUUCCUGCCCGCCGUGAAGUUCGACUUCCUCCGUUCUGUCUAUGCCCACGCUCGACAACUCCACAAGGCCAUUCGUGAAGCCUCGCAGCAGUCAAAGACUAAAAUGGCACGGAUGUCUGAGGACAGCUACUUCUGGGUGCUCAGCCAGAGUCCGUCGAAGCUGCUAGCGCGGCUAGUCCUUCGCGAGGAAGUUGCUCCCUCACGGCUGGAAAGCCUGGCACACCAGAUGAAGCUGAGCCUGGCCAAUGUUCUCGCCCGCGAGUGCUGUCCCCAAGUCCUGCUCAAAAGUGCACACAAGCCGGAAACACAGUUUUCAAUGGAUUCACCCGGAGUGCUCAAUGACUGUGGUGAAAGUUCUGCAACAGAUUCCUCCAGGCAUCCAAAUUAUGUCGUCAAGUGCCUCUUGAAGGGCCUCAUCAAGUUGAUGGAAGAGCACAUGGAACGAAGUGAUGCUGUGGUCACAUUAAAUGGUGCCAGAGCCCUUGGCCAUAGUGAAGCUUUUACCUCGUGGGCCAAAGGUUGUGCUUCGCUCGCACACGUUGACCUCUCUCAGCUGCACAGGGGUGUCGGUCAGCUUGCAUUUUUCAUCAAUCUCGCCAAUUUGUUGACUCUUCAUGCCGCCAUUCUCCAGGCUGCAAACAUUUCGGAAGAUGAACUCGCAGAGAUUCGGUUUGUGCCCAUCACCUCGCCUCACUUACACCAGAGGGCACUGCAGGAAAGGCUGGUGGCCUACCAUGUUGGGCAGCUGGGCAUUGUCUCGUUGUUUUACAUUAAAAGGAAGGUUCUCUUCUGUGACCAUCAAAUGGAUGUUGUCUCAGAAAAUGGCCGUGAUCCAGUUUUGGAAAUGCUGACUUCUCAGGAGCCACCUGUGAAAAAGGAGUUUGCGCCCCACUUCCACCCCAAGGCUGUUUUUGCUCUGGUGCAAGGUCACAUUUCUGACCCCAAGAUUGAGGUAAUCUAUCCAGAGACCAUAGAAAGCCAGCUCCAGUCGGCUGUGGACAGAUGUAUGGCACGCAUCAAAGCCAUGACUAGGCAGGGAGUCAGAAUGAUAAUUUUCCCAUGGCAAAUGCACUUUUUCUUGACUACUGACAUGCAACUCGAUGAAAGCUGUGAAGAACUGAGGAGCUCCUUACAACAAAUCAUUCCCGAAGAAUUUGUCGUUGAGUAUCAGAAGGAAGACGGCUUGUUUGGUGUGGUUUUGGAUGGUUCACUGCCGCUGGUAUCCUCAUUGGAAUCUGGGGACGAGUCUGUAACCAUUGGUGCCAAGGUUCCAUCUCACGUGCUCAGCUACCUCGAGAACCAUUGUCCUCUGCUUGUCCGGCUGCUCAAGUUUAUGCUUCCAAAGGCUCCCAGGAGUCCACAGCUGGAAGAUGGCGUCAAGUAUCGAGGUCUGCCCCUGGACAAUUUAUUAGCGCACGUCUAUGGACUCUGGAUGCAGCUGUCAACUCCACAGAGCCAUGCUGCGUGGACUGCCAUGGCUCUUCGUGGCUCCUCGAGCCCUAAUGUGGUCUGGGAGGCCCUGAGUGGGGCAGCAGGCCAGCGAGACUGGAUCAGUGUCUUGCUCAUCAUGGAGUUUGUGGAUGCCUUGGACGGUGCGACCGGGGAGGAUUUGGUCUUCUACAGGCGCUGCAUUCUCAGCCUCUUGGCUGGCUCCUGGCUUGACACGGAGCAAGGUGCUAUGGAUAGUGACACUGGACCUUGGAUGUAUGCUAUGAGGAUCAGAGAUCUUCGCUUGCGGUUUGACUGCAUGCUGGCAAAUUAUGUACACUGGCCCGACACAUAUGCGCUUGAAGCUCUAGAGGUGCUGAAGUCGGAAUGCCUGUAUGCUGGAGACAUGGAGCUGCACAAAGAAGUUUCUGAAGAGCUCGACAGGUUCAAUUUGUAUCGGGAGAUUGCCGAGAACUUGAGAAAGUGUGGUGAUGAAGAGCAUUGCACCUGGAAGGACAUAGCCUUGAAGUCAGCAUCUGACCCACUCCUUGUUCUGCAGAAGCUGUACAAGUUUUCAUUAUGUGACAUAGCUAGCCGGUGGUCUGACCUCCAUACUGUUAGCACAGAAUGCUUCAAGAUUGUCACUGAACUGAAGGCACUCCACCUACUUAUGCAAUCUCCACCCCAAUCAAAUGAAGCAUUCAGACUCACUGAUGGACUGAACAGAGAUGGCGAAGCGUUUCCACUUUGGCAGAGGGUGCUUGAUCGACUGCCCAAUGCAGAGGGGAAGAUACUGCUGCUCAAUUAUUUGACAGAGAGCUACAGAGACUGCCUCAUGGAUGUCGAACUGAUCUCGUAUCAGCGCACAGGCAUCGGUCUCCGGAUGUACAUGUGCAUCAACUCAGAAAAACAACAGAGCUACGCAUGUCUUGUGAAUGAUCCAGCCCUGCUUCUUGAAAUGCUGCUGAUGAAUGCAGAGGUGGAUUCUGUGGGAAAGUCUCUCGAAGCAACAGCGAGUUUCCUUGACAGCAAUCACUCUCCCUUCACCAGGGAGGCUGCCAAUGAUUUGCUGAAGAAGUAUGCUUCUAAAGCCCUGGAGCUUCUUCUGAUGCCAACUCCACGCUCCGAGACUGACACAGCCUCACAGUCUGCUGGAAGCAUCUCGGCGAAGGACUCUGAGGGUGCCAUGUUUACGAUGCCAUUGAAGCCGCCUCCACAGUCGGAAUGGACGCCUGACGCGGCUGUGUCAUGUUGCAUGGCUUGCCACAUUGAAUACUUUAGUAUGUUCAGCCGAAGACACCACUGUCGGCGCUGCGGCCGUGUUGUGUGCUACACGUGUUCUCAGCAGACUAUGGUUGUGGAGGGCUUUGGCCAAUACAAAGUUCGGGUCUGCGAUGAUUGCUUCAACCAGACUGCAAAGCUCAAAAAUGCAGAGGAAACUGCAUCCGAGUCCUCAGAGGAGCACGUUCAUCCUGUUGAAAUAAUUGAUGAUGCAGCAAGGGGCCGUUCUGACUCUAUCAAGACACCGCGGAGUUCUUCUGUGUCGAAACACAUUUUCUGGCAAUUGACAACCAGUGCUGAGGAGAACUGCAGCUGUCAGGGAGCAGUUCUGCUAGCUCCAAGUGUUUCUCUCUCACUCGCCAUUCUGGAAAAACAUUCCAACCAGGCAGACUGUGCCACUUAUAUCUUAUCUCUCUCUGAUAGUCUCUUUGCUAUUUUGGCCCCAAAGAGCACUUCUGAGAGUUUUGUUGACUAUGGGCUCAUAAUCACCAUGCUCAAGUCGUUGAUCUUGAGAGCCAAGGUGAAGUUUCUGAGUGCAGGUGUAACGAGUGGCGUGGCGUGUAGCGACACUUACCUCAGGAGGCUGGACAUUGUGCGUCUCAUGGUCAAUGCAAACUGUCAACACCUUCUCCCUGAGGAAAUGCUUAUUCGAACUGCCAGUAAUGCCAGUAAUGGAGAUGAGUCUGGCUUCCGGCGCAAGAUUGGUCGAAGCCUCAACUCCGAUCAAGGAUCGGAGCGCAAGCUGAGGGACCGGCUUAUGGAGACUGAACGCAUGGCCCUGGCUCUCGAAGUUUCCACCAAGUGUGGCCUCGAGACGUCUGGCGUGUUCGCUGCUUGGGGGCUGGCACUUCUGCGUGCAGGUGACUGGUCGUCUGCUAGGGAGAAGUUCUCACACUGUUUACAGAAACUCAAGGAUUCUGGAAAUUCAUCCAGUGAGAGUCCACUGCUGAAGGAAAUCAUUGCGAACCUUGAGAAGUCUCGCUACCCUGGCAUAAGCAAGGCUGCAGCUGUCUUCUGUGCUAUUGGCAGCCUGAAGAGUAUCAAGGACCCCAGUUUUGAGGUGAAGGUUUCGGUCAAUGAAUUGAAGGGCGUGGUGUACUCUGAGUGCAAGCACUACCUGGAACUGUACGGCAGCCACCGAUCAAUGUUGGCAUUUCUCUACCGACAUGGUCGAACCACACAGGCCCUUGAGUACUACCUUUCAAAGGGCUGUGAGGUGGAGCUGUUCAUAGAGGAGCUACUGCAGCCGUCGUUGAAGCAGGGCACCUUGGACGCGCUGCUUUCAUCGCUUCGCCAGAUGGACACCGGCCUUAAUCGGUGGUGGCCCACUCUACUUGCCGUCUGCCGCAGCCUUCAGAAACGAGGACGAAUGCAUACACUCUACGCUGUGCAGCUGUUCAUGGAGGACUACCUACGUGCAGCUGUGACAAGCAUCCAGUUCUUUGAAAGCCCCCCUGCCAGUGGUUAUUCAGAGCUUCACCAGCGCCUUGCACAUCUGGCUGAUGCACGAAAACAUCUGGAGACAUACCUGUCCAAAUACACAACGUGGGAUGGACAUCGUGCAAGCACGGGCACUCAAGUUCUGGCAAUGUCACCCAAGGAGGUGAACAGGAACGUUAGUAUGGUGAACAUGCAGAUCGACAUCACACGGUUCCUGAAUGCACGCGAGACCGAACAGGAGAAGCUGCUGCUGCCUCGCCAGAAGGACAGCGCUGACGGUGUCACACCAACUCUCUUUGGUGACAUGGCAAUGAAGAGAGACCUAGCCUGCCUGGUACUAGUCAAUGGAAGGAAUGUCGAGGAAGGCUUCGGUCUGGCAUUCCGAAUCAUCCAGGAGAAUCACUUAGACGGCGACAGUGUGUUUGAGCGCGCAGCUCAGACCCUCGUUUCAGCUGGAGCUGUGUCGCAAGUUGAGCGUUUAGUUAGAUGCAUCCAGAGCUGUGGCUACCCGGAUCGCUACGACACUGAUGCUGUUGUGCUGGCGGCCUUGCAGGAGUUGGUGCGCUCUCAGGAUGAUAAAAAGGAUUUGGACCUGCUAGUUAAAUGCCUGAAAAAAGACGUCAACAAAGUUGAAGCAUACAUGCUUGCUGGUCGGCUCAAAACUGCCUACCUGCUGGCAGUUAGGCAGAACCGCAUCGACCACGUCAAGCGCAUCAUGGCACUGGCCGAGGCUGCUGGACAGGAGAGCGUCCGGGCCAUUUGCGCAAAACGCCUGCAAGGUGCAGGCACGCCUCCUCAGUGAAGGCCUAGGCCAACACUUCUGUAUUCGCAAAUGCACCAAAAUAGGUCCCAGUACUGUAAAGUGCGCCACUUCCCAAGGUGAUCUUUUAUCUUCAGAGUACCCCUUGGUUGUGUUCACAAGUGUUAAUAGCAGUUCUUUUUGUAGUGUAGUCCACCCAGUGAGUACUUUAGUAUUAACUUGGAUAAGACGGUCAGUUGAUGUUUAUCCAGUAGAUCAAAGCAGUAUCGAUAUUUUGUAAACUUUUGACUUCCACUAGAGAGCAGACCAUGCUGUGCAAUGUGCCACCAGCUGCACAGUUCUUUGCGAUAGACGCGAAUAUCCAGAUGUGGAACGGUAACACUGUACAGUACUUGCAAGCAUGAUUACCACACAUCAGUUGACUUGCAAUACAUUCUGUUAUAUGUGAUACAUUUUGGCGAGCUGAAAAAGGCAUAUCGCCUUGAUUACGUGUUUUUCAGUUGAGCUACUGUGUGCAUACUGCAUUUCUUUGAUGUCUGAACGAAUUUGAUUCUAUGACAGGUUUGUUAGUUCUGUACAAGAUCAUGUUAUUAAAGUUCAGUGCUUUAUAAUAGGCUUUAUGAGGUGGCAGUAUGCACGAAAUCUCACUUUAUAUUGAAUAUAUUGUGAAGUGAGUGUAUGAGUAUGCAUGUUAUCAUUUCAGAUUUCUUGCAUUGCUUCAGUGUUUGUGUGCCUUGAUCUGAGACUUGAAGCAUGUAAUUAGGUCUGAGUGGCAAUGAUCUUGAGUACAAGUCAUGAAGUAGGGCUUGCUCGCAGUUGAAUAGCAUCACCCAAGUGCCUUUGUUUUCUGUUUCUAAGGCAUUUCAAAGGUGCAACAUAGGCUGUAUAGGUAUCCAUGCCUAGAUGUAUCGAUAGACGUCGAUGGUUUGUGAAAGUAGAUUUAUACUGUAACUUUAAGCUUUUCAUCGGGUUGUGCCGUGACGAGAAAAUAACGGCAAAGGUGAACACCGUGUAAUUAGAAACGUACCGACCAUAUAAUGGUGCUCUUGAAUAUGAGACUGGUAUGUACACUAUGGCUGUGAUUUUUCCUUCUUUUUAACACUAGUAUUUGUUGCUCAUUUUUAUGUGAACAGUGUCUUGCUACUUUCCUUUUUACUACUGCGACAUUUGCCAUGUUAUACGAACGAUGUGACUUGAAGGGGCAUUUUAUAGGGACAUUCUUUAAAUAGCGUACGAGCCGGGCGCCCACUUACAAGGCUCUGUUGUAAAUCUGUCACAGCACAAAGGUGUACCAAAGAUAAUAUUGAUGUGUGCUUGUCUUGUUUUUAUUUGAUGCCUCAAAAAACACAUCUCAUUUGAAGGAAAGUGUCUGUGUACUUGACUAACCCGGGCUCUUUAUUGUUGCAUUAGUAAUAUGCUGUAUGGUGCGUCACACGAGUAGGAUCAAUUUAGUGCGACAUCACCAAAACACCUGGUUUUUUAGAUUGUUGUCAACUGUUUGGCAUGUUCCAAACCGUCAUCAUGCAAGUUUGUUACCGGUGGCAUGUUUUGUAAAUAGCCAAUAGCCAUGUUGAGCCAGAAAUUAACUGUGUGUGUUUGUGUAUGCGUAAAUGCCUUGUAUUGAAAGCUCGUAAUACCGUGAGCCAAGUGAAAAAAAUAGCAGCGUUCUUUCAGGGUGAAGAUGCCAUCUUCACUGUCUGAGGAAAUAUCUGUGAUUCAUUCAAGCGAAUAUAACAUUGGGAUUUCUUGGACAGUUGCUAAUACAAUGCCUUUAUAUUUCAAAUGAAAAGAUCAGCCUUCACACAUUUACAUCGUUUCACCUGGUACUUGAAGAGUCGCGAGCUGUUUUUCCUAACAAUGGGCAACCUUGUAGCUAAGCGAGUUUAUGGUUCUAUGCCUAGUGUGCCUUAGCGUUCAGUUAACCUGUAGGCAUUCACUAUUGCCACAUUAAAUACUUCUGUAUCACUGGAUGUUGUUCAUCCACUAGGGGCAAUGUGCCGUGCAUUACUUGAGUAAAAAAAAUGUGACCACACAGCUUUACAACCUCAACUAUGCAGCUAUAGUAUUUGUAUAAUAUCACCUUUCUAUAACACUUGCAUGAUGGAUUUAUAAAUUUGGAAUUUUGUUUC